GAGGCGAACGUGGUGGCAUGGCGGCCCCCGGAGGCGGCGUGACUGCGCUGCCGCUGACCCUGCUGGCGGUGUUCGGGCUGUGGCGGCGGGGUGUUUCGGCGCGGCUGCUGCGCUGGGCGUCCCUCGCGCUGUCGGCGGGGCUCAUGGCGUCCCUCGGCCGCGCCUACCUGCAGCUGGCGCGCGACCCCGUCAUGGCGUUCCGCGCGCUGGGCUGGCACUCCACCAUCGUGCCCACCUACAUCAUGGCGCGCUCGCUGCUCGUUCGCAAGCACCGGUACGUGAGAAUCAUGUCGAGGGCGAGUGCAGAUGAAGGCAUGGCGGAGACAGCGCACAUCUACCUAGCGGCGAAGGCCCAGGGGCAGAGGCUGACCUCCGUGUACCUUUGCCUCGGCACCGUGUACACUCUGUCCACCUGGGCUGUGCCCCUGCUGAUAUCGCGCGGAGACCGCGCUCCCUACGACAUCUGGUUCCCAGCUUCCGCUGGCCCCGUCACGCAGUACGUGUUCCAGAGCAUCGGCAUCGAGCUCAGCACCUACAUGGUGAUCGUGUGCGACAUGUUCUUCAUCUCGCUCAUGCUCAAGAUGAUCGCCGACUUCAAGACCUUGAACAUGGCGCUCACGCGACUCGGGCCUGCGGAGGGGCCUGGGAACCGUGGCCACCUCCUGGGAACUGUCGGCGCUCCGAGGAGGGCCGACGAUGGCAUGGAAUUAAAGCUGGUGGCACUCGUCCGUUACCACCAAGAUUUGCUGAGGUGA